UCCCCUUGCACACCACACCUACUUAGAGUUCAAUUUACAACACCAUUUGUCUAAAAAAAAUGGAUUUUGUUCCAACAAAGUCCCUUGGGUUUAUUCUUGCAUUUUUACUAAUUACUUCCUUCACUGUGCUUGGCCAAAAUGAUGCUGGCAUUGUUGCUUCAGAAUUAGCUCCUCAUUCUCUUGUUAGCUCCCCACCUGUUGAAGCCCCUAAGCCUCAUAAAGGUGGCCACCACCACCACCUUAAGCACCACUCCCAACCCCCUGCUUCUCCUCCCUCCCACUCAUCUCCACCACCAGUCAUACCAACAACUCCACCAGCACAUUCACCUACCAAAUCACCUUCUCCUCCUGUGAAACCACCAGCUCAUUCACCAGUUAAACCGCCAGCUCAUCCACCGGUUAAACCACCGUCUCCUCUUCCGGUCAGAAAGUUUGUAGGUGUGAGAGGAGUUGUUUACUGCAAAGCUUGCAAGUAUAGAGGAGUUGACACCCUCUUAGGAGCUUCUCCUAUCCAAGGAGCGGUAGUGAAGUUGGCAUGUAACAACACAAAGUAUCACUUAACAAGUCUAGGCACAACAGACAAGAAUGGGUUCUUCUUUAUUCAACCAAAAUGGUUGACCACAGCAGGUUACCACAAGUGCAAGGUGUUCUUAGCAAAAUCACCAAAAGCAGAAUGCAGUGUUCCAACAAAUUUCCACAAUGGGCAAAGUGGAGCCAUGUUGAUCCCUGCACCACCAUCUCCAAUGACAUUAUCAGAGCCAGAAGUAAAGCUGUUUAAUGUGGGGCCUUUUGCUUUUGAACCAUCAAAGAAACUGCCCUGCAAAACACUGUGAGAUGUUGAUCGAGUGGUCUAUUGUACUACAUGGUUGGGAAGUGAGAAAGUGAGAAGCUAGCUACUAGUACUACAUUAUUGGGAAAUGAGACUUUUUAAAUUCUUGUUUUAUGUAUUAAUUAUCUAGUUUUUGUGAAUUUUAAUGAUUAUGGCUUGGUUGGUUUACGAGUA